GCCCAGCCAACACGGGGCUGCUUCUUCGCCAUCCAAAAGGCUCGGCCGCCGCGGUGCCCUAGACGCUUAAACCCUCGCCGCACCAAAACCUAGACGGCGGCGGCAACGGCGAUGGCGGGGGAAUCGAGGAAGCGGAAGCAGCACACCGACGAGCCGUCUCCCGGGGACGAUGACGAGAGGAGGGGGCGGAGGGAUAAGCGGCCGAAGGAGGCGGCGAAGCCUGCGCCGCCGCUGCCGUCGGAGAUCAAAAACAAGGAGAAGCGCAGCGAGGUGUACGCCAAGCUCAAGCGCGAGAAGAAGGCCCAGAAGCGCAAGCUCGGCCGCGAGCGCGGCCAGGCCGCCCAGCGCGCCGCCGAGCUCGGCGAAGAGGUGCCGGAGAGGCAGGUGCCCCGGACGAUCGAGAACACCAGGGAGCCCGACGAGACGGUCUGCCGGCCUGACGAUCAGGAGCUGUUUGCAGGGAACGAUGCUGAUGAAUUCAAUGCAGUGCUGAAACAGCAAGUAACCCCGAAAGUAUUGAUUACAACAUGUCGCUUCAAUUCAGGCAGGGGACCUGCUUUUAUUAAGGAGUUAAUGGAAGUGAUACCAGAUGCUCAAUAUGUUAAUAGAGGAACUUAUGACCUCAAGAAAAUUGUGGAAUAUGCAAAUAACAGAGACUUCACUUCAGUUAUGGUUGUCCACACCAAUCGAAGAGAGCCUGAUGCACUACUGAUCAUCAACUUACCUGAUGGUCCUACUGCCCAUUUCAAGCUAUCCAAGCUUAUUCUGCGGAAGGAUAUAAAGAACCACGGCAACCCUACAAGUCAUAAGCCAGAGCUAGUGCUGAACAAUUUCACUACACGGCUUGGCCAUCGGGUUGGAAGGAUGAUACAAUCUCUUUUCCCCCAAGACCCCAAUUUCCGUGGCCGCCGGGUUGUGACCUUCCAUAAUCAGCGAGACUAUAUAUUUUUCCGUCAUCACAGGUAUGUCUUUGAGGAGAAAGAAAUCAAAGUUGUUUCAAAGGACAAGAAAGCUAAGAGCUCUGAAAGCAAAAAACAAACUGAGAAGCAAGUGACUUGUCGACUUCAGGAAUGUGGUCCUCGCUUCACUCUCAAGCUGAUCACCUUGCAACACGGGACAUUCGACACGAAAAGCGGGGAGUAUGAGUGGGUUCACAAGCCGGACAUGGACACAAGCAGGAGAAGGUUUUUCUUGUAAUGGAGCAUGGAAUCGUUGUGCUGCAGCAGGCAAAAACUGUACUUGUGUUCCCUGAGAAUUACUGUAGAGUAUCCUUUGCACUUACGAGUUGAUCGGUGUAGCAAACUUGAAUAUUUCAAGCAAUUUCGUGUACUCAUGAAAUGACUUACUGAGUUGUGAGUUAUACUCCCUCCAUUUUGUUUUAGUAGGUCAUAUUAGUUUUGUCAUCCUAAGUCAAUUUUUUGUACGUUUUACGUACUAAACACAUAACACACUACGAAAA